UCUUAAUUAAUAACCGACAAGAGAAAUUCCUCACUCUUACUUUGUGCUUUCCAUGUUUGCUUCCUCUCACAAUCUCCAUUUUCAUGCCAAAAUUUUCUCAAGAACAAAACAUAAAAGUAAAACAACCAAAUCCAAGAAUCUCAUCUUCUUCACUUGCUUCUUGUAGCUCAUUUUUCUGUUCUUUUAGACAAGAACUGGUGUCAAACUCAUGGCAUGUAGCCUUAGAGACUUGUACCAUGCAAUUAUUUAUCAACCUGUGACACAAAACAUUUGAUCACAAUCAAAAUCUAUACUUUUUAUGCUUCUGGGUAAAAAAUGGGGACUGCAACAUCAUCCAUGGCAGCAAAGUUUGCAUUUUUCCCGCCGAACCCACCUUCCUACAACAUAAUCGUGGAGGAAGCUAGUGGGAAAAUGAAGUUCUCAGAUGCUAAUUACCAGAGAGAUAAUGUGGAUAUAUUUAAGCUGCGUACCAAGAGAGGGAAUGAGAUUGUGGCUAUGUAUGUCAAGAACCCAUCAGCUUCAUUGACAGUGCUGUAUUCUCAUGGAAAUGCUGCUGAUAUUGGUCAGAUGUAUCACAUUUUCACUGAGCUCAGUGUCCACCUUAAUGUAAAUCUUUUGGGAUAUGAUUACUCAGGAUAUGGACAAUCCACUGGAAAGCCUAGUGAGCAGGACACAUAUGCAGACAUAGAAGCAGCUAACAAAUGUUUGGGAGAGAUGUAUGGAGUAAAACAGGAAGACACAAUAUUAUAUGGACAAUCAGUUGGGAGUGGUCCUACUUUAGAAUUAGCCAUCCGGUUGCCUCACUUGAGGGCUGUAAUUCUGCACAGUCCGAUCUUGUCCGGUCUUCGUGUCAUGUAUCCGGUCAAGCGUUCAUUAUGGUUUGACAUUUACAAGAACAUUGAUAAGAUCUCUCAAGUUCACUGUCCUGUUCUGGUUAUUCAUGGAACUGAAGAUGAAGUGGUGAGUUUUUCUCAUGGGAAACGACUUUGGGAACUAUGUAAAGAGAAGUAUGAGCCAUUGUGGCUCAAAGGGGGAAACCAUUGUAAUUUGGAGCUUUACCCCGAGUACUUAAGCCACCUUGGGAAGUUCAUAUCAGCCAUUGAGAAACUUCAAUGUCCUUGCAACACAUCGGACCUGAAACCCAAGGAUCAAUCCGACCAAACUCCGAACAAUUCCAACCAAAACGAGGAACAAUCCAGUCCAAGCACUGACUAUAAAGAUAAGGGUAGGCCAAGUUUUGGUCAUAGAGAAAAAUCCAGGCUAAGCACAGACAGUAGAGACAAAGCAAGAACCAGCAUUGACAAAAGAGAGAAAUCAAGGAGGAGCAUCGAUCGCCAUAUGAAAGCUAGGAACAGCACGGAUCAUUCGGAGAAAGCAAGAAAUAGUUUCGACCGACUGGGAGAUAUGGUACGAUCUGUUGGAUUGUGCAACGUUGAUUGUUUGAAGCAGACAGCAGCUGAGGUUUGAGUCGAUAGAGAUUUUGUGUUCAGUUCAUCAGUCGCUCCACUUUGGGAUGUUUUGGUUGUUGGUAUUUCUCGUACGUAUGCAUGAAACAUCCUCAUUAGAUGGUUUCAUUUUUCAUUUUAUCAUUUGGUCGUUGAAUUUCUUUGUCGGGUUUAAUUGGAAAUAAGAAAAUUAUUGAAGAUGGUAGUUUUUAUGCAUUUUGAAGUUUGUAAUCAUC